AUGGAGGACGCUUUUAAGAAAUUACAAAGUGACAGUCAAAACAGUGUUGAUAAUCUCAUAAAAUGGAUGAAGAAUUCCAAAAUCAUCGACGGCGUGAAAGUAACAGAAGAAAAGGCACGUAAGCUAUUUGCCGAUGUUGCUGACGUUAAAAAUGUGGAGUUGUCAAAAUUCCAAGCGGCCAUAAGCAAACUCGCUACAGAGCAGCAGAAGAAUGUUGAUGUUUUCAUGAAGACGUUGGCAGAUGAGGGACCAAAGUUUUUGGAGGGAGCUGUCAACGCUGCCAGCGCUGCUGCUAGUGUUUUGAAAGAUGCUUUGAAACCUAAAUGA